CGGCCGCCCCCGCCCGGAGCCGGGCGCGGCAGGGCGGGCGGAGGGGUUCCCCCUUCCGGCCACCGGGAGCAUGGGAGCCCCGGACCGGCUCGGCUCCAGAGCUCGACAAGCCCUGGGGUGAGAAGGAACGGGGUUGCGCCGUGCCGGGUUAGGACCCGACAGCUCCGGGAUUGAAUCGUUUUCCCCACCGCUCCCCCGCCAGAAGUUCUACCGCUCCCGGGAGCGCUCAGGACGGUGGAACCAUGCCGGUACGCCGGGGCCAUGUGGCCCCCCAAAAUACCUACCUGGAUACCAUCAUCCGCAAAUUUGAAGGGCAAAACCGCAAGUUCCUCAUUGCCAACGCCCAGAUGGAGAACUGUGCCAUCAUCUACUGCAACGAUGGCUUCUGCGAGAUGUUCGGCUACUCCCGCGUGGAGGUGAUGCAGCGACCCUGCACCUGCGAUUUCCUCACCGGUCCCGACACCACCAAGAGCUCCAUCGCGCAGCUCACCCAGGCGCUGCUCGGCUCCGAGGAGUGCAAGCUCGAGAUCCUCUACUACCGCAAAGACACCUCGUGUUUCCGCUGCCUGGUGGACGUGGUGCCGGUGAAGAACGAGGACGGCGUCGUCAUCAUGUUCAUCCUCAACUUCGAGGACCUGGCACAGCUGAUCACCAAGAGCGCCAGCCGGAGCCUGCACCAGCGCCUGUCGCAGAGCUGGCGUGGAGGUCAAGGUAGGAGGUUGAAGUUUAGUCUCCCGUCCCUGCGGCGACUCAAAAUCCAGCGGAAAUCUCUGCCCACCAGUGAGUUUGAUGGAGUAGCCAUUGACUAUGGAAAGCCUGGUGGUGACUCCCUGAUUUUGAGGGACUUGAAGACAUCGCCCAAGGAGAACUGUGUGCAGUCAGAGACCGAAUCCCUCCUGGAAAAGGAGCGGAGGCCGAGCCUGGAGGCCGACCCCACCCUACAACACUCGUCCCCGAAACAAGAGCCUCCCUUGCUGGGCCCACGAGGGUCGUACUCUGCGUGGGGUUUCUUUCGGUCUCGCCCCGGGGGCAGCUUCCACAGCCUCCGCAGGGUCUCCUCCUUGGACAACUUUGAGGCUGCGAGGUCUGAGUUCCAGAGAAAAUUCAGGGAAAGGAGGGCAAACUCAGAGGCUUCCCACGUCAAACCCAACCCCCCGAACUCCACUUCGGACUCGGACCUCAUGAAGUACCGGACCAUCAGCCAGAUCCCUCAGUUCACGCUCAACUUUGUGGAGUUCAACCUGGAGAAGCACCGCUCAGGCUCCACCACAGAGAUCGAGAUAAUUGCUCCCCACAAGGUGAUGGAGCGCACCCAGAACGUCACCGAGAAGGUCACACAGGUGCUAUCCCUGGGUGCUGACGUCCUUCCCGAGUACAAGCUGCAGGCACCACGCAUCCACCGAUGGACCAUCCUGCACUACAGUCCCUUCAAGGCCGUCUGGGACUGGCUCAUCCUUCUGCUGGUCAUCUACACAGCUGUCUUCACCCCCUACUCGGCCGCCUUCCUGCUCAAUGAGGAGCAGGUGGAAGAGAAGCACUGGGACUGCAGCUACUCCUGUGACCCACUCAACAUUAUUGACCUCAUCGUGGACAUCAUGUUCAUUGUGGACAUUGUCAUCAACUUCCGUACCACCUACGUCAACGUCAACGAUGAGGUGGUGAGCCACCCUGGCAAGAUUGCCAUCCACUACUUCAAGGGAUGGUUCCUCAUCGACAUGGUCGCUGCCAUCCCCUUUGACCUGCUCAUCUUCCGCUCUGGCUCUGAUGAGACCACCACCCUCAUUGGUCUCCUGAAGACCGCCCGGUUGCUGCGCCUGGUCCGUGUCGCCCGCAAGCUGGACCGCUAUUCUGAGUACGGAGCGGCCGUGCUCUUCCUGCUCAUGUGCACCUUCGCCCUCAUUGCCCACUGGCUGGCCUGCAUCUGGUAUGCCAUCGGCAACGUGGAGCGGCCCUACAUGGAGCACAAGAUCGGCUGGCUGGACAACCUGGGUGACCAGAUUGGCAAGCGCUACAAUGACAGCGACCUCUCCUCCGGCCCAUCCAUCAAGGAUAAAUACGUCACCGCCCUCUACUUCACCUUCAGCAGCCUCACCAGCGUGGGGUUCGGCAACGUCUCACCCAACACCAACUCUGAGAAGAUCUUCUCCAUCUGUGUCAUGCUUAUUGGCUCUCUGAUGUACGCCAGCAUCUUUGGCAACGUCUCUGCUAUCAUCCAGCGCCUGUACUCGGGCACAGCCCGCUACCACACGCAGAUGCUGCGGGUCAAGGAGUUCAUCCGCUUCCACCAGAUCCCCAACCCCCUGCGCCAGCGCCUGGAGGAGUAUUUCCAGCACGCCUGGUCCUACACCAACGGCAUCGACAUGAAUGCGGUGCUGAAGGGUUUCCCCGACUGCCUGCAGGCAGACAUCUGCCUCCACCUCAACCGCACGCUGCUCCAGAACUGCAAGGCUUUCCGAGGAGCCAGCAAAGGCUGCCUGCGUGCCCUGGCCAUGAAGUUCAAGACGACUCACGCACCACCCGGAGACACCCUGGUGCACUACGGAGAUGUCCUCACCACACUGUACUUCAUCUCCCGGGGCUCCAUCGAGAUCCUCCGGGAAGACAUUGUGGUGGCCAUCUUAGGGAAGAAUGACAUCUUUGGGGAGCCCAUCAGCCUCUAUGCCCGCCCAGGGAAGUCCAACGCCGAUGUGAGGGCCCUCACCUACUGCGACUUGCACAAGAUCCAGAGGGAGGACCUGCUGGAGGUCUUGGAUAUGUACCCAGCCUUCUCUGACAACUUCUGGAGCAACUUAGAGAUCACCUUCAACCUGCGAGAUGCAGACAGCGUUCCCCGCUCACCACUCAGCGAGGAGUAUGACUGCACCUACCGGCGGGCGCGCCGACGCAAGCACUCCCUUUGCCAGCCCAACAAGCCUGACCCAGACACGGGCAUCUCUGAUGCAGAGCAGUAUCACACCUACUCAGAGCUCACCAACCCACAGGACCCGCUGAGUAAGGACCAGUGGGACGACCUGGGCAGCAGCACCACUCCCUGCUCCCAGAUCAGCGAUGACGAGGUCAAGGCUGGCAGCCCUACAAAAGCUGAGCCCUUCCCCACAUCCAAAAAGGAUGACUUUGCUCUGCCCACGCUCAGCCUCGUCACCACCAGCGCCGGCAGGACAGAGGUCGGCAAGCAGGCGGCAGAGAGCAGCCAGUCCUACACAGCCACCCCCCUGGACAUCCCCAACAUGUUCACCUUCUGGGAGGACCGAAGACCGAACGACCACCCAGACCCUUUGCAACACAUCUCCUUGGUACACAGCUCGCGGGACAUCCCCCUGCACAGCGACUACAGACCAGGGCAGAUCGAGUCCAGGCUGGAGCUCCUGCAGGCCCAGCUCAGCAGGCUGGAGUCCAGGAUGUCGUCAGACAUUAAUAUAAUCCUCCAGCUUCUGCAGCGCCAGCUGUCCCAAGUGCCACCCGCGUACAGCCCCAUCUCGCCGUCCUCCCACAACCUGGCCAUGUACGGCAUCCUCCCGCGGAGCCUGGAGCCGCUCACCCCCUGCGCACCCCUGGAAGACGAGGAGACGACAACCCCGGAGCAGAGCCCGAGCUACACGGAGGUAGAAAAGUUCCACUUGAAAUCCAAGGACUCCUUGUCAAGCGGGAUGCACCUCGCUGUGGCAUCUGACGAAACUAUGACGGUCCACUCCGAGCAGGAGCACCAUUCCCCACCUCUCCCGAAUCCAGAGCCUCCCCACGAAAGGGCACCAAAUACCCAGGGACUCUUCCGGGGCUCUCGUUUCCCUUCCCUCCCUGAGCACUUGGAGGCAUCUUCCGAGCACCAGGACAUUCAGAGACACCUCUCCGACCCAGUGCUUCCUGGAAGUUAGAGAUGGGGGCCGCGAAGCAAGUCAAGAGGAACCUCAACUGCGAGCUCGGUCAGUUGAUGUUGAUUUUGACUGCAAGGGUAAGACGGAGGACAAUGCCAUUGGCUCAGGGGUAUAAUUUGUAGCUGUAUUCUGCCACCAUGAAAGGAAGCAUAGAGUGGCUGGCUUCCAAGGUCAACGUUUUCCAGCGGUUCCCAUAGAGUAGGUUUCAUUUGCACAUUAUAGUGAACCCAGAGCAGUUCUUUCUUACAGCCACCAACAAGCUGGCUAGGCCAAACGGUACCCACUCACUGCCUCUUCCUUGCCAAGGCUUCCUCUCAAGAACGGCACGAACCAAGUGAGCCACAGUGACCGGAGGAGAGCAAAUCCAUGGCUCUUAACUGCGAGGCCACUUUGCUGUCAGCUCUUUGGAGCAGGGACCAUUGCGUUGGUACUGGGCUUAGCCGAGCGGAGCCUGUGGGCAUUACAGAAAGGGUAGUCACCAGAGGAGGAGGAGAUCUCCACAGUGCAGUACUGGGGGGAGCUGCAGGUGGGAAGCCUAGGACAAGGACAGAGGACAGAAACUAUCCUUGUCCUACUUGACUGCCACUGAGAAACUAAGGGCCAACAGCCCCUGCCACUGCAGCAUGCUUCAGCACGAGUCCUAGGGCGCCGACUUCUCCAGCAAGGCUGAUUGCGCCUUGCAAACCCCAACACGCAUCCCACAACUCCCCAGAUAAACCCAGCUGGUCACUGGCCUGGGCAUAAAGCACAAAACUCAAAAGCACAAUCCUGGAAAGCCGAAAAGCCCCAGACACCUCAUCUCCAGCCCUUCCUCCCAGCUUCUCUCUUUUGAUAAAGGUUUGAUAGAUGCUUCCUCCUCCCCAGUCCUUUCCCUGGCAGACUCCCGCAGCACCCCCGUAGGAGAAGCCCACUUAGCACUGCUGCCUUGCCGUUCGGUUAGAUGCUGUGACAGUCCUAGGCCGCCUGCUCAAGUAAUGUAUCGAGCUCCCUUUGAGAGUAGUAAAACUGUGAGCAUCUCUUUCUCUGGAGUUUUAGUGUACACUUUGCUAAUAAAGAUGUUUUUGGCACCUAA